GCUACGUGGAUAGGGUGCGAAGUUUCUAAGGUCUUCGGUUCCCUUCCCCACCGACUAAACAAACCCCUCACCGAAGCUUCUCGAACUCGCCCAGCACCGCCAACUUCCGCCUCUUCCUUCUUUUUAUUCGCUCUUCGCUCCUUACACGUAAACCAGAUCUCUGACUCCAUUGAGCUAAAGCAGUUCUAUCUAAUUCCCCUCUCUCUUUAGUUGUUUAGCUCUCCUUCCAUUCAUUGAGGCAAACACGCAAACACCUGGUAGGGAUGGCGGAGGAUGGAGCAGUCACGGUCUACAACAACACUGCUAUCACCGACGCCAAGAAAAACCCUUUUUCCAUCAAGGUGGGCAUAGCCCAGAUGCUUCGCGGUGGCGCCAUUCUCGAGGUUUCGAGCUCGGAACAGGCCAAGAUUGCCGAAGAGGUGGGGGCGUGCUCAAUUUUGGUAUCGGAGCGAACUCGCGGAGGCAUUCAGCGCAUGCCGGAUCCCGCUCUAAUCAAGGAAAUUAAGCAAAGCGUCUCGAUCCCCGUGAUUGCUCGGGCUCGUGUUGGUCAUUUCGUUGAGGCCCAGAUACUGGAGAGGAUCGGAGUUGAAUAUAUUGAUGAAAGUGAGGUUCUCGCUAUUGCCGAUGAAGAUAACUUCAUUAACAAGCACAAUUUCAGGAGCCCAUUUGUUUGCGGAUGUAAGAAUCUUGGUGAAGCUCUGAGGAGAGUGAGAGAAGGUGCUGCGAUUAUAAGGACUCAAGGGGAUUUAUCAGGGUCUGGUAACAUUGCAGAGACUGUGAAAAACGUCAGGUCUGUGAUGGGUGAGAUAAGGGUCUUGAACAAUAUGGAUGAGGAUGAGGUUUUUGCGUUUUCUAAGAAAAUCGCCGCCCCAUAUGAUUUACUGGCACAAACCAAGCAAAUGGGUAGACUUCCUGUAGUGCAUUUUGCAGCGGGAGGUAUUGUAACUCCUGCAGAUGCGGCAUUGAUGAUGCAGUUGGGAUGUGAUGGCGUUUUUGUGGGAUCAGAGGUGUUUAAUUGCUCAGAUCCAUAUAACCGAGUUCGGGGUAUUGUGCAGGCUGUUAGGCAUUACAAUGAUCCUCAUGUGCUGGUGGAAAUUAGUUGUGGACUAGAGGAUGCAAUGGCAGGGCUUAAUCUCAGUGAGGAGAGGAUUGAAAAGUUCGAACAAGGAGAAGCCUGAUGAGGUCUCAACUCUUGAUAUUCAUUCUAGAAAUAUGUCUUUCUCAUUUUAUCCUCGGGUCUCUAAUGGAUGUUGUGUUGAUUCUGUUGCAACCAAACAAUCUAGAAGUAGAUAUACUUUGUUGUCUGUGUGCUUCAACUUGAUCUGUUGUAAUGCAGAAAAUUGAAUAAGCUUAUUAAUGGCACUGAUUUCACUACCAAACUCAUUGGUUAUCAAGAUCCAGCAGCAGAGUUUGUCAAAAUCUCGUAGAGUAGUUUAAAGACAGAUGUGAAAGAGAAUUGCAACUGUAAAGGGUAGCUGUCAAGAGAUACUACCCCAUGUAGACACAUUGCGAGUCCGUGACACAACUUAAACCAUACAGCCACCACCAGUAAAAACCCACAUAACAAAUGAUUAACCACAGGGCACUGAGUGGCAAAAAUCAAUUGUUAUGUUGUUAAGGAGUUAUGGUGAUUAAGACACCUUUGCUACUUAGUCCAAAGAAUGCAGUCCAAAUGAAUCACUCUGAAUGCUGUAUGCAGAUAUGUUUCAAUGGAUGCAUCAAUUAUUUUUAUUAUAUUUGUUACUCAUUUCCUCCUCAUGUGGUUUCUGCCCUCUGUGUCCCUUCUUGCUUGUCUGUUAUUAGAUGCAAAAAGAUAGUGUGGUCGUUUGCUUGUUAGAUCCAGUUCUAACGUACUCUUUGUCUUAUUGCUUAAUUUAGAUUGAUAGACAUUUGACAGUAUUAGAUGGUUUUAAACGCUUCCAUAACAGUGGCCCUAUUCUUUAUGGCAGGAAUCAAUUGUCCAAAAAGUGGGCCAAGAGUGAGAGCUAGUAUACAAAAGCCAGAACUGCUGAAGAGUAGGAGCCUCUUAUGUUGUUAUACACCAUAGAUCAAGGAAAUGUAGUGCUCUGCCUCAGUUUCUGUAUUUUGUGAGACUUUUGAUGGACAUUUCUGUUAGUGCAGAUACCAUAAGUAAUGAUAGUCUAUAUGAUCGAAGCUAACUCCUGAAAUUUGUAA